AUGUCCACAAACCAAUACUUUCACUUCGUGCCCGAUUUCUUCCUCGACCGGGCGCGCGAACACCUCAGCCAACACGACACGUACCAAGCGCGACAAGACCUCUGGGGGGCAUGCGAAUACAUCGUGAAAGCGCUGUCCGAAUUUCACGGAUUGCCCCACCACACUCUUCUCAUGCUCAGCGACAACGUCGCCAUAUUCGCUCGGGACGCCCAACAACCCCGGAUAAUCGACCUGUUCAACAAAAUUCAAACCCUAGGCGAACCGUCAUUCCACACCCACCACCACCCCAACAUUGCUUCUGACGAGCUCGACCUCGUAUCCGACUUCGUCCAGCUUUUGGUGGAGCUUGCUGAGCAGAGUUCCGUCGCGCCAUCUGAUGCUACCUCUUCUACCCGUCAACUCCCUGACGAUCUCACCGAUUCCCAGAAAGCCCGCAUCGCAGCCAUCACCCGCCAUGAUCUCACGCAUUACUUGACAGCGGACCCGGACGUAUCCAUCGAAGAUGUCAUCGUCGAAUUACGCGUAUCCGUCGGCGGCGAACCCUACACCGACAUCAACGUGCUCUACAAGAGCCCUACGUAUACGCUUGACCCGGGCGUGCUCAACUCAUUCGCCGCCCGCGAUGUCGAUCACCUCCAUCAAGCAGGAGGAGUCGGUUUCAUAUCCCAUUCAUUUUCUGACGCUGACGAAUACCGCCAGGUCGCCCAACUCAUCGCCCAAGGCACCCUCCCAAGGUUGGUCCAAUGA